ACACAUACACACAUAACCCCCCCUAACCAUCCUGGCAGUCUCUCCACUAGCCACUCUCCACCUAGCCACCGUCGAACCACCCAGCCCAAGAUCCGUCCCUCCUUCAACGUUCAGUUCUUCCCCACGUUCAGCAAGCAGCAGCACCUUGAACGGCCACCUCUUCGUCUACUGCUGACUGAUAUAUUCCUCACCUUCUCCACUGAAGAUGCGCUCUGCUGUGCUGGGUCUGCUGGUUCUGCUGGCUUCCUGCUGGUCACCUGCUGCCGGCUGGGGUUACAUCUUCAGCAGGUUCCGGCCAGAAGCAGGACCUAACUGGGGCUAUGGUGGUGUUGGCCAACAGUACCAGAACACUAUACCAGCAGAGCGUAUGGUGUCACCCCGGGAGCAGCUGAUGGAGGCGCUGCUGGGGGAGGAGGUGCUGGAGGAUCAGCUGUGCGAGGGUCGACGCUGUACAGCCAACGAGCAGUGCUGUGGCGGCCACGUCUGUGUCGAGUUUGAUGGAGCCUCCGGGACCUGCAUGAGUUCUCUGGUCAGAGAGAAGGUCAUCUGCGCCACUGAAAAAACGAGGUGCCGCUGGUCCAUCGUAAACCUGGCGCCUGUGUUUCUUCCAGGCAAGAGCGUUACAGGUUCCUCCUCGUGCACUCUUCCCUUCAUCCCAGGUCAGGUGAGCCUUGUACCGUCAGCUCCGAGUGUGAGAUUGGUCCGGUCUCUGUUGUCAAUGGUGCGGCGUCAUCGCCAGGCGCCCAAAACGCUGUGUGGAUACUUCAAGGAUCCCAUGAUCUGCAUUGGUCACGUAGCAUCAGAACAGGCGGAGCACAUCGUUGAGCACACCAAGGGUGAGAAGAGACUGACGGGGAAGUCCCAUGAUUAUGUCAGCAUCUAAGACCCUUCCUUCCCCUGCUCUCCAACACCUCCAUUGUCCUUCAAUACCCCACAACCUUACCCCCUUAUACUCAACCCUUCCCUACCUUGAGCACUGCCUCCAUCCCCUUAUACUCCGCCCUUCCCUACCUUGAGCACUGCCUCCAUCCCCUUAUACUCCACCCUUCCCUACCUUGAGCACUGCCUCCAUCCCCUUAUACUCCGCCCUUCCCUACCUUGAGCACUGCCUCCAUCCCCUUAUACUCCACCCUUCCCUACCUUGAGCACUAUCCCCUUGCCCCUUAUACUCCACCCUUCCCUCCCUUGAGCACUGCCUCCGUCCCUUACCACCUCCCUUCCCUUGGUAAUUCUUAAACGUGACUUGAACCUCGAAAGAUGGUUGGUUGUGAUCGGCACGGAGGAUGGCACUACCAAAGAUGAACCGCCUGAUAACCUCAACAGGGGUAACUAGCGUUGCCUGAUAAUGUUAACCACUGGACAGGGAUGACUGUUAACUUAAUAUUGUGUUGAUUUUGUUCGGCUUUCAUUCGCCUGAUGUAUAAUUUACGAUUUAUUAAUUACUGUGUGGGGAACUAUUGGUGAUCAAAUCCUUCCUUACCGUGUGUGGCAGCGACGUAGAUCUACAUGCUGGACACUCUCCCUUUGGAAACGUUAGUUACCAUGAUAAUAAUGUAUGUAUUUUGUGUCUAUAACAGCUUAUUUGUGAGGGGUAGGUCAGUAGCCUCGUAUUAUUAUUUUUUUUAUUAUAAAGGGG